AUGACGGGCCUAGACCCUGAAAACGAAGAGAUCAUUCAAAUCUGCUGCUUCAUCACCGACGCACAACUCAACCUCCUCGAACCCAAGGGCUUCGAAACAAUCAUCAACGUGGCCGAUGCCACACUAGACGCAAUGUCGGCCUGGUGCAUCGACACCCACGGCCGCACGGGCCUCACCGCCGCCGUGCGCGCCUCGACCACGACGCCCGCUGCUGCCGCCGACCAGCUCCUUGCCUACGUCCAGCGUUAUGUACCUGCGCGCACGGGGCUGCUGGCAGGGAAUAGUGUCCAUGCCGACAAGGCUUUCCUGGUGAAGGGGCCUUAUGCAAAGGUUAUGGAACAUUUGCAUUAUCGGAUUCUGGACGUGAGUACUAUUAAAGAGGCGGCUCGGAGGUGGGGAAGUGAGGAAUUGUUGAGGGAUGUUCCGCCGAAGAAGGAGGUGCAUUUGGCUAGAGAUGAUAUCUUGGAGAGUAUUGCUGAGAUGCGAUACUAUAAGGAGAAGCUGUUUGGGUGA